AUGAAUCACGAUCCGUUCGAAUGGGGCAGACCUCUGGAUAGCCACUAUGGCGCGUACAAUGCGGCGAUCGCGAACGCCGGGCCCAGUCAGCACACGCAGCAGCCGAUCGUUACCGGCACAUCUGUCAUUGCCAUGAAGUACAACAACGGCACGAUCAUUGCGGCGGAUCGGCUGGGAUCGUACGGUUCGCUGCUGCGGUUUACCGAUAUGGAUCGGUUGUUUGCAGUUGGCGAGAGCACGGUGGUCGGUGUCUCUGGCGACGUCUCGGACAUGCAAUACCUACAGCGCCUGCUCCAGGACAUGGAGAUCGAGAACAACUACGACAACAGCCACGCAGACGGCGCGGAAGCGCUCAAGCCGAGCUAUAUUUUUGAGUACCUUGCCUCGCUCAUGUACCAGCGCCGCUCAAAGCUGAACCCGCUCUGGAACGCCAUCAUCGUCGCCGGCGUCGAGGACGGCCAGGCCUUCCUGCGUUAUGUGGACCUCAAGGGCGUCAAGUACUCCGCCCCAAGCUUGGCUACUGGCUUUGGCGCCCAUAUGGCCAUUCCUCUCAUGCGUAAAGUCGCAGAUGCCGAAAAAGACGUCGCCGGCGUCGACCUCUCAAUUGCGCGAGCGACUAUCCUGGAGUCCAUGAAGGUGUUAUUCUACCGCGAUGCGCGUAGUUCCCGUCGCUUCUCGCUUGCCAUCAUCGACAAUGAUGCCGGUGUCAGCAUGGAGCAACUGGAAGUGGAAAACAUGACCUGGGGGUUCGCCAAGGAUAUUCGGGGCUAUGGCACCCAGAAUGUCUGA